AUGAAGUGGGACCGGGAACAAACCCCAAGAACAUGGGUAAACUUUGUGAGGGACUUCAAUGCAAAAUACUUUCCCCCUCUAGUCCAGGAAAAGAAGGAGGACGAGUUCAUUAGACUCCGUCAGGGGACGCAAUCGGUGGCUGAGUACGAGAGCCAGUUUACUCGUUUAUCUAAGUUCGCCCCUGAACUUAUUCUAACGGAGCAAAGGAGAGUUCAGCGUUUUAUUCAAGGGCUCAAUGUGGAAAUUCAAAAGGAUCUGGCGGUAGCCCAGAUCAAUACCUUUAGUGACGCCGUGGAGAAAGCUUUGCGCGUUGAGAAUGCAAGGCUUCAAGUAAGGAACUUUCAGGUGAAAAAACGGGGGUUCUCUGCGAGUAGUUCGACCCAAGGGGAUAAAGGGACCCCUCCCAAGUUUGGAAGAGGAGCCAGGGGAGGAAGGCAACCGGGGAUGACGCGAGGGACUCCGCCGAGGGGUGGUCACAAUGGACGGGGCCCGCAGAAAAGCGUCUCACAAGGAAGUUCGGCCUCAGUUGCACGCGGACCCUGUAGAUUUUGUGGGAAACCAAACCACACCGAGGACAACUGUUGGAGGAAAGAGAGAAGAUGCCUGCGCUGCGGGAGUGCGGAGCAUCAAAUAGCCAACUGUCCAGUGUUACCUCGGGAGGCGAGAGUAACCACCCAGUCGUCAAAGGCCAACUCGGGACAGUCCAAGGUAGAAGGGAGAAAGCCAAAGGUGCCAGCUCGGGUUUACUCCCUUGAGCAACAACAAGUCCCUGAUUCGUCUGGGGUUGUAGAAUGUACGAUCCCUGUUUUCCAAUUUCUAGCUAGGAUUUUGAUAGACCCUGGAGAGAGGAAGCUUUUGGGUAAUCUUAUAAGUUUGGCCAUUAAGGGGUACGACGUUAUAUUGGGUAUGGACUGGCUAGCUAAGUACGAUACACAACUUGAUUGUAAGAGAAAAGUAGUGGAAUUUCGUAUUCCGGGGGAGGCAACCCUAAGGCUAGAUGUAAGAGGUAGUUUAGCCUCAUCUGCAUUGAUCUCGGGUAUGCGGGCUAGGAAAUUUCUGUAUAGAGGGGCCCAAGGGUUCCUAGCUUUUCUUAUAAACACUCCCACUGAUAAGCUGAAGGUUGAAGAUGUGCCUGUUUUGCAGGACCUGUUGGAGCGUGGGUUUAUUCAUGAGAGUGGUUCUCCUUGGGGGGCUCCGUUGAAUGAUGAAAUUGCUGAAGGAAAAACAGCUGUGAAGAAACAAAGCUUGUUUCGUAGCUUUGCAUGA